AUGCAGAGAUCUAAUGCACCAUCAUCGGCUUGUGCUACCAUCACCUUCGAGGAGGCUCUGAGGAGGGAGAUGGAGUACCGCAAGUGGGUGGAGAGGACCCACCCGCAUCUGCUCGUUGGAAUUUGUGGAGCCCCUGAAAUGCAGAGAGAUGUCAGUACAGGAUCAGUACCUGAUGUGAUUAAGAGAAAUUUAGCUCCUGAGACCAGUGUACCUCCACAGCAGUCUAGUUUCAGUUGUGUAACUGGACAGAAACAGCCUCAAAAUUGGUAUCCCUCAAAGAAAAAGGUGAAAGUUCCGCAUCUUCCAUCACAGAUUCUGCAGUGUCCCAGACCAAAUGUGGUGCCAUCCUUUUGGUGCAAAAUUUGCAAGGUUGAUUGUGUCACUGAGUUCAAUUUCGGCGCUCAUAUUGGAGGCAAAAAACAUAAGGCCAAAAAACUAGAGAUUCUAGGUAAAAGGAAUGCUGGAACACCUUCUAGCCAAUGUGCAGCAGGUAACAGGAACCCUGUACAAAAUGGCCAUGCAGUUUCUGGAAGCAGAAACAAUGAACUGAAUGUGGCUAGCAGCAUUACUGUUGGACCAAACUGUGAUCUAUCAUCUGAAAGCAUGACUAAUGGAACAGAAGAAAGUUGUUCAAAACACCAGUUUUUUGAGGUGCUUGAAAGCUUUGGGUCCACAAAUGUUGUGUUGGGCCAUCAUGGUAGUUUGAAGCUGUAA